UAGAAAGUUGUAAAUACACAAUACACAGCUGUUUGGGACGUUACUGAUUUCUGGACAUGAUGAUUUGUAUAUAAAAUUAUUAAUAAAUUUACCAUAGAAAUACGAACUUUAUUAUAAUGAGUGUCCAAAUAUUUUAGUAAAAUAUUGAGCAGACAAGGUUUGACCUCCUUUUCUUUAUUAACCAGUGUAUUCAACUGCCAGCUGCUUCUGAGUAUAGGUUGUGCUGCAACAAAACAUUUAAGUCUAAUAUUAAUCAUGCCAGACAGUAAACAUAAUAUUUGUUAAAUAUUGUAAUAUAACAAGAUGUAUUUUAAAGGAAUCAAAAAAUGGAACGUAACGAAGAACAGAAAUGUAAUAUAAACGAGGCCAGUGCAUCUGCACCUUUAGAAUGUCAGUCUAAUUCUAACACUGAUCCAGAAGAGGGUAUUGCGACAGGGCAAAAAACUUCAAAUUUGACGACAUCCAGAUUAGUAGGAACAUCGCCGCCAAAAUUUGUUCCCCUUGAAGAAAUUAUAAAAGUUGUUAACGAUAUGCAAAAUAUGACUUUGGCUCACGAAAUUGCAAUGGACAAAAAUUUUCAAUUACAGAAGUUUGAGCAUAAAGAUGGUACAUUUUACAAAAGAGUCAAAGAAAUUAUGCAUACAGCUUUUUGGAAUCUAUUAGCCGAGCAAUUGGCUGAAGAUCCUCCAAACUAUACACAGGCGAUGGUUUUAUUAAACGAAAUUAAAGAAAUAUUAAAUGAAUUGGUAUUGCCACACCAUGCAAAAAUUCGAGAAAAUUUAAAAGAAGUACUUGAUGUAGAUCUAAUCAAACAACAAGCAGAAAAAGGUGUUUUAGAUUUCCAUCAUUAUGCACAAUAUGUGAUUUCAAUUAUGAGUAAAGUAUGUGCACCAGUAAGAGAUGGAAAGAUUAGAGAGCUCAGUCAAAAAACAGAUGUUAUUGAAAUAUUUAAAGGUAUAAUGGAAAUAUUGCAGUUAAUGCAACUUGAUCUGGCAAAUUUUACUAUUACCAUGAUGAGACCAAACAUAGUUGCUUCGAGUAUUGAAUAUGAGAAAGCAAAGUUUGCCGAAUUCUUCAAAAUCUGUGCAAAUGGUUUGAAUUAUACAGAAAAGUGGUUAUUAAGACAUUUCGAUCCUACAAAAGUUACAGACAGUUCAGUAGAUGUUGAUAAUAUACGACAAAUCACACAUUGUCUUUUAACUGAAGCAUAUCUUGAUCUUCUAGAGUGGGAUUUCAUUCCAGAAACAGAAACUUUAUUACUUGAUCAGGAUAGGUUACUAGAAUUGCGUGAUAAGACCAGUAGAUUAAGCAUUAUAGGCGCUGUGAUAUUGCUAGUAAACAAUACAGUGGGUGCACCAAUUCAUGGAGUAUCAAGGUUCAAGAAGAAUAUUAAACAACAUCUUACUGUGCUGUUGGAUUCUGUACAUUCAAAUAAAGAUUUGGAAACUGUAAUGCCGAAUAUUGUAUUGCAAGUAAAAGCAGACGUAAGAACGACAUUAGAAGAGAUCGAUUCUGCUCAAUUAUCUCCAGAGUUGGAAAUAUUAUUAGAAGGACAAAUAUUAGAACUUAUUAAACCAGAACAUAAAAUUAGGCACCUUAUAAAUUUCAGAAUUCGACAAUUUUUACAAAAGAUAAUGCUGUCUAAAUCUUCAGAACCACUACAAGUACCACCAGGGCUAUCAUCGCUUCAAGAGGAGCUGACAGCUAUAGCAGCUCAGUUUUUAAUACUCAUUACUUAUAAUAGACGUGUGUUUGAAGACUACUAUGAAGAAAUCGUGACUAAUGCACUUAUAAAAACACAAACUGAUAAUAAUAAAGAUGCAAGUGGAGUUCAUACCACACAGUUGUAAA